GCCGCGCCAGUGUUGUGGUACCAAGACAAGCAGAAGCUAAAAGCGAGGCUAGUGGUGAAAUUUGGAUGGUGCCUCCUACGUGGACUCUGCACUGUUUGGUUUGGAAGAACUGAAUGAGGUGCUGCCUUUUGCCUCUGCUCUUGUGUGAGUUCUACUGCUGCCGGGAUGGGUCAGCAGAUCUCAGGUCAGGCGGUGAUGAACCAUCUGCCUGAGAAGCUGGUGAAACAUGCCGGAUUGGUUCGUGACAGCGGCUACCUAAGCUACGAGGAGUUUCUAGCAAGAGUGGCUGAACUUAAUGACGUUACGGCCAAACUAGCUGCUGGACAGCAGAAGCACCUGCUGUUUGAGGUGCAGCCAGGAUCUGAUGCUACAGCCUUGUGGAAGGUGGCUGUCAGGGUUGUGUGUACCAAGAUCAAUAAGGAGAACGGCAUGGUUGAAGCAUCGCGGAUCAUGAACCUGUAUCAGUUCAUCCAACUCUAUCGUGACAUCACCAGCCAGGCAGCCGAAGUGUUGUCUGCAGAGGGUGCCACUAAGGGCCCCUCAACCGAGCUUCCCUCCACUGACUCCUGCCAGGCCAGCAUGUGGAUGGGCAGAGUGAAGCAGCUGACCGAUGAAGAGGAGUGUUGCAUCUGCAUGGAUGGAAAAUCUGACCUCAUCCUGCCCUGUGCACAUAGCUUCUGUCAGAAAUGCAUUGAUAAAUGGAGUGGCCAGAGCCGAAAUUGCCCAAUCUGCCGUCUGCAAGUGACUGCUGCCAACGAAUCGUGGGUAAUGUCUGAUAUCCCCACAGAGGAUGACAUAGCCGGCUACAUCCUCAACCUGGCUGAUGAGGCGGGCCACCCACACAGGCCUUAACAUGCAGAAUACUGAGCCAAGUAGAUAGCAAAGGGAAAUAUACCCACUUCAGUAGACUUUACAUACUGAAACACAAAACACCACUUUCACUGAGAGGUUUCUUUUUUUUCCCCUAAAGAGCAAAACAGAAAAGAAUCCAGCAGGUGUCUUCUCUUUAUAUUCUUUGUGAUAGCUUCUGAAAAUCUCCUCUUUUAAGUCCUAAAAAUCCCAGGAUGCUUUUUGAAACCAGAGUAUUGUUGAUGAUGUACUUUAUGGAGUUUUGUGAUAUGUUGUUUGAAGUAAAAAAAUUGUAUUUGUAUAUUACAAUAAAUUGUAACAUUUUAAUGGAACCCAGAAUAACCAAAUGUUGCUUAAAGUACUACUAAUAGGUGGUUGGGGUUAACUAGGCACUUUAUAAAACAAAUGCUGAUAAAUGUUGACAUUGCCUUCCUUCGAUAUGAAUGAGAGAGACACAGUUGCACUUUCUUGUAAAGU